UUUUUUUUCUCCCCAAUUUUAGGCGAAUUUACCCUCCUGAUGAUAAGGCAUUACUUGAAAAGUAUGAGAGUUUGUUAGCCACUGCUUUCCAGACGUUUCUUGCUGGGAGAGCAGCUUCACUUCAGCGGGAAAUGAAUAACCCUUUAAAAAGAAUGAAGGAGGAGGACAUUUUGGAUCUUCUGGAGCAGUGUGAAAUAGAUGAUGAAAAACUAAUGGGAAAAUGCACCAGGCAGCGAGGACUGAAGCCCUUGUAUUCAAUGCCAGAAAGUGCACAGCCCUUAAGAAAACUUAAGAAUUACAAUAGUGAUAGUAGCUGUGACAGCAGUAGCAGUAUGUCAGAAUCAGGAGAAGAAACUGAAAAGGAAGAUCAUAAUGAAAAAAAGGAGAAAAAAGUUUCAUAUGAUCUUGAAGAAAACAAAUACAAAUCUUUGGAACGAUCAGGUAGAAUGAACUGGAAACCUUCGAUUAAAAACAUAAAAUCUCCUUCAUAUUCAUCCCCCACAUCAUCCACAGGUCCAAUAAGGCGUUCUGUAAGCUGCCCUCGUUCAAUAUCAAUAUUGACUAUGCAGUCACAGGCAGCUGAGCAACGUCCUGUUUCAGCCAAAGCAUCUCUGCAAAUCCAGCGUGCAUCCUCAGUGAAUAGGUCUCAUUCUUUAAAUCGUAGUCCAUCUUCGGCCAGAGUCUCUCAGACACCCAGCUUGGGAACUAUGAACUCCUCAGGGAGUGAGUCUUUGCUGCAACAGAAAACAAAAGAGCAAGAAGUUGCUUUGACAAAAGAGACUCUGCUCAUUAUCAAUGACAUGAGAAUGAAGUUCCCAGGAAAAACAGAUGAAGAAUCAGAAUUAAUUAUAGAAGAUAUUAUGGAUAAUUGGAAGUAUCAUAAAACAAAAGUGGCAUCCUAUUGGUUGGUAAAACUGGAUUCUGUAAAGCAACGAAAAGUUUUGGAUAUAGUCAAGACAAGUGUUCGUGCAGUUCUCCAGCAUGUCUGGAAGGCUCCAGACAUUGAAAAUUUACAUUUGUACCGUCUCUUUAACCGUGUAUUUAAUCGUUUACUUUGGAGCCAUGGUCAAGGUCUAUGGAACUGUUUCUGUAAUUCAGGGAACUCUUGGGAAACCAUAUUCAGUAAAAGCACAGAGGUGGUGACGCCUGAGCAGCUCCAGUGUUGCCAACGAAUAGUACAGCUUUGUAAACACUGCCUGCUGGUGGUUUACAAAUACUCAUCAGAUUCAAGAGGAUCUCCAACUGGGAUUAACCCCCACUGGGAUGAUACAAGGUAUUUAUUGUCAGGACCUUCACUGUUCAUCAUGAAAUCAUCCUCGUCCAGCCUUAGCUGCAGUUCAUCUGGGAUGCCUCGCCCUAACAUUUUGUUCACACACAGAUACAGUCACUUGUGA